CGCCCCGUACCGCAAGCACCGGGCUUGGCUUGUGCGGUCUCGAUAGUCUCACCCUUUCCUUCGCCCAUGUUCCCCCGGACCUUGAGGGCCUUCCAGGCUCUCUCGCUUGGAAUGGCAGAAGCUCAACCAGCGCUUCUGGCGAUUAGGAGUUCACUGAGGCAUGCAUGGAAGAGGUCAGAUAACGGGGCGAGCAGCCAGGGCUUGCGCCAUCUUUGGGCGAGCACCUCGAAGUUCUCUCGAACGCUGCAAAGGCUUGAAAGUAACCUGGUCGCAUCGAGAGCAGUACCCAGACCGCGACUUCCGACCUCAAAUUUACGACUCGCCACGCCCCGGCGCACCUUUCACUCAUCGAAAUCGAGGCGGUCGAACAAGGAGAAACCAGAGGCUUCCCCAAAAGAGGCAGAGAUACCAGACGAGUAUCUCUCGCUGAGCCAACGCAUGCGGAAGCUUAGCCGCGUAUAUGGAAGGGCGACAAUAUUUGUGUAUUUUGCCCUCUCGAUCGCUGAUUUCCCCUUCUGCUUCCUACUGGUUCGGUUUGUUGGGACGGACAGGAUAUCCGAGAUAGAGCGCAGGGUUGUAUCCAAUGUAUCGCAAUUUGCGCCGGCUAACGUCAAGGACCUGUGGCACCAAUGGAAGUCUUGGAGAUGGCAGGGAGAGGAAGACAAGGAGGCUGUGGAAGGCAAUUCGAGAAGAGAUAUUUCCGCGGAUGACAAAUGGGGUGUCAAGGAGGCCCAGGAAAACCAUAAGGAGGAAGCCAGUUUGGCUACCCAGUUAGCUCUGGCAUAUGCCAUCCACAAGAGCUUCAUCUUUAUACGGGUGCCCCUGACAGCUGCGGUUACACCGCGUGUUGUAAAAACAUUGAGAUCAUGGGGUUGGGACAUCGGAAAGAAGGUGUCCAAAACUUAA